AUGGGUGUAAAGAGUACAGAAGAUGUACAAAAAUAUUUACAUUCAUUAGGUUAUAAAGGUAUAAAAGAUGCAAUAGAUAAUGCUGUAAAAAAUAGUCACCUUGAAGUAGUAAAAUAUUUAAUUGAAUUAGGAUAUGGAUGUUAUGAUUGGAUAAUUCAUGUUGCUGUAGAAAAUGGUCAUCUUGAAGUAGUAAAAUAUUUACAUUCUAUUGGAUAUAGAGUAGAAGAAUGGGAAAUUACUCGUGCUGCAGAAAAUGGGUAUAGAGGAACAGAAAAUGCAAUUGAUGAAGCUGCAGAAAAUGGUCAUCUUGAAGUAGUAAAGUAUUUAUAUUCGAUGGGGUAUAGAGGAACAGAAUAUGCAUUAUCUAAUGCUGCAAAAAAUGGUUAUGAAAAUGAUGAUGUCUUAGCAUAUGAUGAGGCAACAGCACGGAAAAAGAUAGCGAAUAGAAAAGUUCAGCUUUAA